GUGUGCCCAGGUGUCCCCAGGUGUCCCCAGUGUCCCCGUGCUGUCCCUGCAGUUCCGCUGCUGCUCCAGGGCUCUGGCCAGGCCCGUGUCCGUGGCUGUGUUCAGCCGGCCUGAGGAGAGCGCGCAGGUGGCGCUGGCCGCGCCGCAGCCCCGCCGGCAGUUCCGCUGCUCGCCGCUCUCCCGGGACAUCGACACGGCCGCCAAGUUCAUCGGGGCCGGCGCCGCCACCGUGGGCGUGGCGGGCUCGGGGGCGGGGAUCGGCACCGUGUUCGGGAGCCUCAUCAUCGGAUACGCCAGGUGAGACACGGAUAGGGACAGACAGGGGGACAGG